CUUCUAUCGCACAUAUCAUCCCAUUUAUUUACCUGUCCGAUCAACAUUUCAACAUUUUGAUGCACAACUAAAUUAGCAAGGCCAUCAUCAAUCUCAGAAUUCGCGGGUAGGAGAGCACCGAUGAGCUCAUUCCGAAUAUUAAAGGAAAGAUGAGAAAAUGGUUCCGCAGUAGAUGUUUAAUAUCUGCCGGUCUUCGCGACCAUAUAAAGAGGCAUUAUAGCGCUGCUACCAACGAUGUAGAACGUGUGGCUAUUACCGGUGGCUCGUCCGGUGAUACGAUUAUCGAUCUACAUAAUAUUUCGAAGCUGUCACCUGAAAGCCCCUUAUUGAUCUAUCUACCACCAUUCUCAACAGCUUCCAUAGACAAGCCUUUCCAAUUACCCACAUUUCUCAAACGAAGGCCGACCGUCGUGGUGAAUUAUCACUGGGAUGGGUUCUCCCCCUUUGAGACCUCCAAAACUAAACAGAUUGACCCCCCGGCAUCUACGGAUGGAUCAAACGAGGACGAAUCGUCCCCUCCUCCUCUGAGCUGGCCAGUCCCUAUCCAUGAUACUACAAGGGCUUAUGACUGGAUUAUCCAGAAUCUAAGUCCACCACAUACUCAACGUCGAAACAUAUAUCUCUACGGUUCGUAUCUCGGGGCGUCCCUAGCAGUAUCUCUAGCUUUGACGGAAACCCGUCCUCAUGAGAGGAUGGCUGUCCGAGGAUGCGUCGCAUUCAACGGGAUAUAUAACUGGACCAAGUUCCUUGCAGACCACCCCAUCAAUAAUCCAGAUCCGAAUAUCGACGCGGAAGAAGAAGUCUUACUGCGCCAGGACGACGCCUACUUCCGGCAGAUGAAGCAGUACGCCGAAGCAUUAUUCGGUAAUCCAAACCACCUUUUCGACCCCUUUGCAAGCCCUACUCUGUUCUUCAUCACACCAGGGCUUUACGCGCCAUCCAGCUUUACCGAGUCAGCUCUCUCUCCCGGCGAAGAGUUAUUACUCUUCAAACCUCCAAAAAGCAGCCGGCUCGUCUUCCCACCCAGAACGUCCACACUGAGAAUCCCCGAGACGUUGCUGCUGCAUACCAAGCCACCCCCGUUACCUCCCUCAGUUCUAAAGCAGUGGUAUGCUGGGAAGGACGGAAAGAAGAACAAGGCGUACCCCGGGAAUAACUUCCAGUCUCAGGCCGAAGAGCUCGGCAAGUAUAUGCGUCUUAGUAUAGAUAAGGCUGAGACGCUGCGAGAUUUUAGCUGGGAGGGACUGGAGGAAGAGCUGGAUAAAGACUUCUGGACAAAAGAGGCAGACAGGAGGAUACAGAUUCACGACGUGGGGGGCAUCAACAAAGACCAUACGCUCGGAAGGAAGGGGGAGGAGGUAGUUGCGCCCUGGCUGGAGCUCCAGCUCUCGGGCAGGCCGUUGCGAACGAGCGACGUACAAGACUUAUACGGUCCAAGGAAGCGUCGCGAACAAUAGAAAUGUUGCAUAAACUUGCCUCCCCAUACAGCUAUAUCUCUCGCUCUCAGAUCUUUUUUCAUCUAAUUCUAGUCUACCUAGUUGAACGUAAAUCAAGUAGGAGGUACCUACCAGGUACCUAACCUAACCUAACUAACGUUUAGAAAGGGGCACGCGCUCAAUGGGCCGAUGCGUAUGGGAAUUCGCAAAGUAAGGAAUAAAAGCCGAGAACAUUUCUAGACUAGGAGAAAAAAAAGCAAAAAAAAAAAAAAAAAGAGGAAGAACUCCACCUUGACUAUCUUCUCAUUCAUACCACAUAAU